GUGCUAUGUGAGGGAGAGAGCCAGCAGAGCCGCCUCCUGGGGCUCGUGCGCUACCGCCUGGAGCACGGUGGCCAGGAAUAUGCUCUCUUCCUGUAUACGCAUCGGAGGAUGGCCAUUACCGGGGAUGAUGUCUCUUUGGACCAGAUAGUGCCAAUCUCGCGGGAUUUUACGCUGGAAGAAGUGUCCCCAGAUGGUGAACUCUACAUCCUUGGCUCAGAUGUGACUGUCCGGCUGGACACAGAGGAGCUCAGCCUCAUGUUCCAGCUUCCAUUUGGUUCACACACCAGGAUGUUCCUCCAGGAAGUCGCCAGGGCCUAUCCAGGAUUCGACCCUGCCACCCGGGAUCCUCAGUUCCUGUGGCUGUCGAGAUACAGGAGCGCGGAGCUGGUGCUCGAAUCGCAGAUGCCGCGCGGUUGGAGCUGGGCCCCAGGCACCUGGCCCGGGUGCACGACGAUUAGCGAAGGUAUGUAUCCGUCUCGGAAAGGAGCGGUGGGGAUUGGAGGAGGCCCGCCUCAGGGAUGGACUCCGUCCUGUGUAGGGGCGGGGCGGUGGAGCAGGCUGCCUUUCGAUUGGCGGAGGUGGCUCGCGGGGGCGGGCCCGCCUGGGGGCGGAGCGCGCGGGGCGGCGGGCGAUGAAGAGCUUGAGGAAGCAGGCCGGGAAAUGUCCGCCGCAACCGGUUCUCGGGAGCGCGACUCUGCAGGUCUGGCGGGCGGUGGGAAGCUGGGCUGGGGAUCUGGGCCGGGGGCGGCGGCGGCGGGCCCGGUCCUCGGAUGGGCAGGGUCUGCGGUUUAG